AUGGCGGCGGCGGCAGCGGCGGGGGACUCUGAUUCUUGGGACGCUGACACGUUCUCCGUGGAAGACCCGGUGCGGAAGGUGGGGGGCGGCGGCACUGCCGGCGGGGACCGCUGGGAAGGCGAGGACGAGGACGAGGACGUCAAGGAUAACUGGGAUGAUGAUGAUGAUGAAAAAAAAGAGGAAGCAGAAGUAAAACCAGAAGUAAAAGUUUCAGAAAAGAAAAAAAUAGCAGAGAAAAUAAAAGAGAAAGAACGGCAACAGAAGAAAAGGCAAGAAGAAAUUAAAAAGAGGUUAGAAGAACCUGAAGAACCUAAAGUGCUAACACCAGAAGAACAAUUAGCAGAUAAACUGCGACUAAAGAAAUUACAGGAAGAAUCAGACCUUGAAUUAGCAAAAGAAACUUUUGGUGUUAAUAAUACUGUUUAUGGAAUAGAUGCAAUGAACCCAUCUUCAAGAGAUGACUUCACAGAGUUUGGAAAGUUACUAAAAGAUAAAAUUACACAAUAUGAAAAGUCACUAUAUUAUGCCAGUUUUUUGGAAGCUUUAGUUCGAGAUGUGUGUAUUUCAUUGGAAAUUGAUGACUUGAAAAAGAUUACCAAUUCACUGACUGUGCUUUGCAGUGAAAAACAAAAGCAAGAAAAGCAAAGCAAAGCCAAAAAGAAGAAGAAAGGUGUGGUCCCUGGAGGGGGAUUAAAGGCUACCAUGAAAGAUGAUCUGGCAGAUUACGGUGGCUAUGAUGGAGGAUAUGUACAAGACUAUGAAGACUUCAUGUGACAUUUUCUCUUCUCCUGGUGUCUUCUUUCUGUUGCCCACAAUCCCUUCAACAUGUAGCACAACUUCCUUUCCUUUCAGUUCUGCCAAAUGCUACAAUCAGAAGUGCAGUAUCUUUUGUGCUGGUUAUUUAACCCCUUGACACUUAGGUGCUAAUGUGCGAAUGAGGGAACUUGGAUCUUGCUGCCAAGGGGUUAAAAUUGGGAACCUCAGUUGCUACUAAAUCAUAGUUUAAAAAAGAAAAAAAAAAGCCACAAAAACCUAAUAAUGUUGUCAUUGUUGCUCUCUGAUUCCAUAGCAGCAGUCACUGAAUUGGAAACAAAGGUUGCAACAUGACAAAAAUUGUGUAGUAUUUACCAGCACCAUUCAGUAAUACAGCCUUAACCAUACCUCCUUGAACUACUUCAUAACUUGUCAAGAAAAGCAGUUUGCGGCAAGGGCAUGUGGUGUGCACCUAGUAUUAAAAUUGCUUUGUCUUAAAAUUGAGCGUGAGGAUAUUAAAAAAAAUACAUUGUGAAGAAGACUGCUUAUCUCAGAGUGAAGAUACAACAGCUGAAAAGCACUAGCUUGAUAUUUAAAAAUUAAAUGACCAAACCCUCCAACUUUGAAGCUGAAGAAGGUAAACCUCUCCAUUAUUGCACUGCAUUACAACUUGUGGAAUCUCUUGAAUGCAUAGACUGCCUAGUUCCUAUUUAUCAGACUGUUCUACGGAUGGAGUGCUUCAGAUGGGGGAGGGAAGCUCUUUACCUGUUUUAUUUCCCUGAUUUAAGUGACAAUUCUCCUUUGUUCUCUUAGGCUGCAGUGGAAUAACUUUAACAGGGUUUUGGCAUUUCCUUUCCUUUAUAAAACAUGCUCAGCAAACUGCACCAGUUGACUACAGUUUCGUAAAUUGUUAUGUUAACAAUUAUGACAUCUGCAAUGUUUUAUAAAAGCAACUAAUUUAAUAAAAUCACUAUUGUGAGGACUUAAA